AUGAUGCAAAAGAUUUUAAACACUGUCUCUUCUCCUGAAAAGGACAAUGCAGAGACAAGUAAUACAGGAAGGCCAAUAAAAUUCAUAUACUAUGAUGAGAGUGGGAAGUUUAAAGUGAACCCAGAUGCCAUCGAUGUUCUUAAACUAAUUAAAGGACCCGUUGGUGUUGUUUCUGUUUGUGGGCGUGCAAGGCAGGGUAAAAGCUUCUUUUUGAACCAGUCUUUUGGGGUUUUAUUUUCUUGCUGUUCUGCUUUUUGUAGAUUUUGGGGGUUGGGAGGUGUCCUGGAGUUCUUUGGUGUUGAUGAUCAUGUACUUCUUCUUGGUAGGAGCACUGGAUUUCGAGUUGGAUCAAAUCGUCGACCGUGCACUAAAGGGAUUUGGAUAUGGAGUGCACCAUUGAAGAGAACUGCAUUGGAUGGAACUGAGUACAGUCUUGUGCUGCUGGACUGUGAAGGGAUCGAUGCUUACAAUCAAACACGCCCAAAUAUUCUCCUUGGGCAUCCUUUUAUCAAGCUUGUUCAUUUACAACCAGAUGGGGGUAUCGAUGAAGCUGCACUCAAUUGUCUCUCUCUGGUUACUGAAAUGACCAAGCAUAUUCAUGUCAGAACCUCUGGAGAAAAAGACACUGUCCCUGAUCUCGGGCAUUUCUCUCCCAUCUUUGUUUGGCUUUUGAGGGACUUCUACUUAAAUUUGGCAGAGGAUAAUACAAAAAUAACACCCCGGGACUACCUAGAGCUGGCCUUGAGACCAGUGCUGGGUAGUGGAGAGGAUGUAGCUGCCAAAAACAAGAUUCGUGAGUCCAUUCGAGCUCUUUUUCCAAAUAGAGAGUGCUUUACUCUUGUCCAUCCUUUGAAUAAUGAAGCUGAAGCAGAGCUUCAAAAUCUUGAUCGAGCUGCGUUGGACAAAUUUAGGCCAGAAUUUCGCUCUGGGCUCAAUAUGUUGGCAAAAUUUGUUUUCGAAAGAACUAAGCCUAAGCAAGUAGGGGGCAUUGUUAUGACAGGACCUAUUCUUGCUGGUAUCACAAAAUCGUUUCUGGAUGCUCUUAACAGUGGGGCUGUUCCUACAAUAUCUUCAUCAUGGCAGAAUGUAGAAGAAUCAGAAUGUCGACGGGCAUUUGAUACAGCCACUGAAGCUUACAUGUCUGCUUUUGAUCACACAAAGCCUGCUGAAGAAGUUUCCCUACGAGAAGCUCACAAUGAAGCAGUUCAGAAGUCAAUUUCAAUGUAUAAUGCUAGCGCCGUUGGAAUUGGUUCUGCUAGACAAAAAUAUGAAGACUACAAAAGAAAUGCGUUUAUAGAGGCAGAUUUACAAUGUUUAAAUGCUAUACAAUGCAUGGAAAAGAAGCUGCAAGCAGUUUGUCAAGUUGGUGAUGCCAAAAUUGAAAGAGUUGUCAUGGUUCUUGAUAGUCUUCUAUCUGAGUAUGAAGCAUCAGUUCAUGGUCCAAUAAAAUGGCAGAAGUUGUUAUCCUUCUUACAACAGAGGUUUGUUUCUGUUGAUUUUCAUCAAGGUCCUGUACUCCGUCAUGCUAAGAAGCUGAUUGAUGAAGCUUCGUCAGACAAAAAAGUCCUUAUCUUGAAAUGCUGCUCAUUUGAAGAUAAGAUCCAAGUGCUUCAUAAGCAGUUGGAAGCUAGUGAGAAAUUCAAAAUUGAAUACCAAAAGAGUUAUGAAGAUGCUAUAAAUGACUUAAAUAAGGUCUCUGAAUAUUACAAGAUCCGUAUAGCGGAUUUGGAUAGGAAAUGCUGCUCAUUGGAGGAGAGGUAUUCUAGUUCACUUGAAAUGCUGGAUUCUGCACAGCAGGAAUCCUUGGAAUGGAAAAGAAAAUAUGAAGAGACAUGGAAUAAGGAAAAGGCAGUUGAAGACCAGGUUAAGGUGGAAACCAUGUCAGGGGGUCAUGAAGCCGAAGCAAGACUUGCUGCCACUGAAGGACAAGCUCAGUUGGCAUGGAAAAAGGCCAAUGAAUGGAAAGAGAAGUAUGAUAUUGCAGUUAAUGAAGCCAAGGCCGCUAAGGAGAAGGCAGAAAUGGUGCUGGAAUAUCCAAUUGAGGAUGUAAAAUAUAGAGAAGAAGCUCUGAGGGCUGAAUUGAGCAAUAGUUUGGCUGAAAAGCAGGACAAGGAAAUUAAGGACAAGAUAGCAAAGCUUGAGGAGGCUGAGCACAAAUUAUCCACUUUGAAUCUGGACCUGAAGGUAGAUCUGUAA